AUGGGUCAAGUUUUGGGUUGUGUCCAAGUUGAUCAGUCUACUGUAGCAAUCAAAGAGACUUUUGGGAAAUUCGACGAGGUUCUUGAGCCAGGAUGUCAUUGUUUGCCAUGGUGCUUGGGAAGUCAAGUCUCUGGUCACCUUUCAUUGCGUGUUCAGCAGCUCGAUGUUCGCUGCGAGACAAAAACUAAGGAUAAUGUGUUUGUCACCGUUGUUGCUUCCAUUCAAUACCGUGCCUUGGCGGAGAGUGCUCAAGAUGCUUACUACAAGCUCAGCAACACAAGGAAUCAGAUUCAAGCUUAUGUCUUUGAUGUGAUCCGAGCAAGUGUGCCUAAGCUGGAUCUAGACUCAACCUUUGAGCAAAAGAACGACAUUGCAAAAACCGUUGAGAGUGAGCUUGAAAAGGCUAUGUCUCAUUACGGGUAUGAGAUAGUCCAGACGCUUAUUGUGGAUAUUGAGCCUGAUGUGCACGUCAAGAGAGCAAUGAAUGAGAUCAAUGCAGCUUCGAGAAUGAGAGAGGCGGCGACUGAGAAAGCUGAGGCGGAGAAGAUACUUCAGAUCAAGAGAGCCGAGGGAGAAGCUGAGUCGAAAUACCUUUCAGGUCUGGGUAUAGCCCGUCAGAGACAAGCCAUUGUGGAUGGUCUGAGGAACAGCGUACUCGCCUUCUCUGAGUCUGUUCCAGGGACAUCUUCGAAAGACGUCAUGGACAUGGUUCUGAUCACUCAGUACUUUGACACAUUGAAGGAAAUUGGUGCGUCUUCCAAGUCAAACUCGGUGUUCAUACCGCAUGGUCCAGGCGCUGUUAAGGACAUUUCUUCACAGAUCAGGGAUGGUCUUCUUCAGGGUAAAUCCAUUGAGUAG